AAUCCCUCGCAGGGCGGGAGGAAGGCGGGGAGCGUACAAAGCGGCGCUGGAGGCUAGCGGCAGUGAGGCCGCGCUUGGGGUCCGGCAGCUCGGCGUCCCCGCGGCCUGAGGCGUUAGCUGCGUGGGCGUUCACGCAGGGUGGGUCGCGCGGCGCAGGGCGAGAGGGAAGUCGUGGCGGCGGCGUCGGGAACAGCAGCGGCGGCGGGAGCGUGGUGCUGACAGGCCGUGGGAGAAAUGGGAGACCCAGGGCCGGAGAUAAUAGAAUCUGUCCCACCAGCUGGGCCCGAGGCAUCAGAGUCAACAACGGAUGAAAAUGAAGAUGACAUUCAGUUUGUUAGUGAAGGACCGUUAAGACCCGUUCUUGAAUAUAUUGAUCUUGUCAGCAGUGAUGAUGAAGAGCCUAGUACCUCUCACAGUGAGGAGAAUUUUAAACGCAAAGACUAUAUAGACCAUCAGAAGGAUAAAGUUGCUUUAACAUUAGCUCGCCUGGCCCGCCAUGUUGAAGUGGAAAAACAACAAAAAGAAGAGAAGAAUAGGGCAUUCAGGGAAACAAUUGAUUUUCAGCAUGCUCAUGGUUUACAAGAAUUGGAAUUUAUUCAAGGACAUUCAGAAACAGAAGCAGCAAGACAGUGUGUGGACCAGUGGCUAAAAAUGUCAGGACUCAGAACAAGUGCAGUUAAUUCUGGAACAAAAAGAUCAUUCCAAAGUGGAGGCAGGAUGCGGAGGUCUGAGAAGCCAAUUUUGUGUCCUAUAAUGCACUGUAACAAGGAAUUUGACAAUGGGCACCUUCUGUUGGGACAUUUGAAAAGGUUUGAUCACUCCCCAUGUGAUCCCACGAUUACGUUACAUGGACCCCUCGCCAAUUCGCUUGCAUGUGCAGUGUGCUAUGAGCAUUUCGUCACUCAACAGCAGUACAAGGAUCAUCUUCUCUCCAGGGCAGCUGCAGCUGAUGGACAUAACAAUAGCCUUCUUCCUCAGAUUAUUCAAUGUUUUGCUUGUCCACAUUGCUUUCUUCUGUUUAGUACCAAGGAUGAGUGUUUGAAGCAUAUGUCUGCAAAGAAUCAUUUCCAUAAGAGCUUCAAACUGGGUGAUGAUAAGGGAACAGCCCGCCCAAUAUCAUUUCCAUCUUUUGCAAAGAAGCUUUUGGUCUCUCUGUGCAAAGAUGUUCCAUUUCAGGUUAAGUGUGUGGCCUGUCACCAGACUCUGCGUUCCCACUUGGAGCUCACUGCUCAUUUCAGGGUUCGUUGUCGAAAUGCUGGACCUGUAGCUAUAGCUGAGAAAAGCAUUACUCAGGUUGCAAAAGAAUUCCUAGUAAGAGGUUAUUGCUCAGAUUGCCUCCAGGUCUUUAUGGAUGAAGCCAGCACCCAAAGUCACAAGAAUUCAGGACACAGAGUCACACUUGCGAACUCAAUGGAAGAAUCUGUCUUGCUUUAUUGCCACAUCAGUGAAGGGAGUAGGCCUCCUUGUGAUUUACAUUUAUUCAGUCAACCAAAAAUUUCACCACUUAAACGAAUUCUGUCUAUUAAAGAGUCCAGUGCAGAGGAUUGUGUCAUUCCAACAAAGAAGGUGAACUUGGGAGUUGAAAGCCAUGGAGGUACGACUCGUGUGCAGAGUCAGAGUUCAGCAGUCACAGCCUGGGUCUGUGAAUGCAGUCGGCGGUUUCCAAGUGAAGAUGCAGUAGAAAAGCAUGUUUUCUCAGCAAACACAAUGUGUUACAAGUGUGUGGUCUGUGGAAAGGUUUGUGAAGAUUCAGGGGUCAUGCGUUUACACAUGAGCCGGUUUCAUGGAGGGGCGCAUUUAAAUAACUUUCUAUUUUGGUGUCGGACUUGCAGAAGGGAGUUAAUAAAGAAAGAUGCCAUCAUGGCACACAUUACUGAGUUUCAUACUGGGCAUAGGUAUUUUUAUGAGACGGAUGAGGUAGAGGAGGAGGCCGUGCCGUCGUCCUCUGCAGAGAGCCGUUGGAAUGCUGACAAGCCACCUUCACCCAUUGCUGCUGUUGAUCACUGCCUGACAACCAGUCCUCCCAGGGGCAGGUGGCAGUGCCGCAUCUGUGAGGACAUGUUUGAUUCCCAGGAGUGUGUGAAGCAGCACUGCAUGUCCUUGACAAGCCACCGGUUUCAUAGAUACAGCUGUGCCCACUGCAGGAAGACGUUCCAUAAGCUGGAAACUCUGUCCCGACAUUGCCAGGACGAGCAUGACAAUGAGAUCAAGAUGAGGUACUUCUGUGGGCUUUGUGAUCUCAUUUUUAACAAGGAAGAAGCAUUUCUGAGUCACUAUAAGGAGCACCACAGUAUAGAUUAUGUGUUUGUGUCAGAAAAAACAAAAACCUCAAUUAAAACUGAAAGCGAUUUUAAGAUAGUAGAGACCAGUAAUUUACUAAGCUGUGGCUGUCAUGAAACUUAUAUCUGUAAAGUCAACCGAAGGGAAGAUUAUGACAGAUGUCUUCAAGUCAUGCUGGAGAAAGGUAAGCUGUGGUUUCGCUGCAGCUCGUGCUCAGCCACAGCACAGAACGUGGCCGACAUUACUGCUCACGUCUGUCAAGCGCACAGAAAGGAGAGCAGCGAUGAGGAGCAGCAGUAUGUGAUCAAGUGUGGCGUCUGCACCAAAGCGUUUCUUAACACGGAGAGUGCUCAGCAGCACUUCCACAGGAAGCACGCUGCCUUCCAGAAACCCGCUGUGACCCAUGGUGGGGCUGACAGAGGAAGCACGUGCCAGCUUGCUGCUAGUGUUUCACAUGCUGAGAAAAACCUGAAACAGACAAACUGUCAGAAACAUUCAGAUGUGGAAAAGGGAGCUGAGCAGGACUCACGGUGCCAGAACAUAGAGGAAGAAGUUGAGCUUCCAGACGUGGACUACCUGCGAACCAUGACUCAUAUCGUCUUUGUAGAUUUUGAUAACUGGUCGAACUUUUUUGGCCAUCUACCUGGGCAUCUUAAUCAAGGAACGUUUAUUUGGGGCUUUCAAGGGGGAAACACCAAUUGGAAGCCUCCACUCAGCUGUAAGGUCUAUAAUUACUUGAACAGGAUUGGAUGCUUCUUUCUUCAUCCUCGCUGUAGUAAAAGAAAAGAUGCUGCUGACUUUGCCAUAUGUAUGCAUGCUGGCCGUCUAGAUGAACAACUGCCCAAACAAAUUCCUUUCACCAUCCUCUCGGGAGACCAGGGCUUUCUGGAGCUAGAGAAUCAAUUCAAGAAGACCCAGAGGCCAGCUCAUAUACUGAACCCUCACCACUUAGAGGGAGACAUGAUGUGUGCCUUGUUAAAUAGCAUAUCUGAUACUACCAAAGAGUGUGACAGCGAUGACAGCUCGGGGGUAAAAGGCUCUCCAACCGAGGAGCUCAGGGCCACGGAGGAUGUGGAAUUAGAAGAAGCUAUUAGAAGAAGUCUUGAGGAAAUGUAAUUAAAGAUAUUACCACACAACAUCAAGUGGCCUUGAAGAGACUCAGGAAAAUGAAUUCUUGACUUUGUUUUCUAAAGGAGACCAGAAAUCUACUAGGAUAAAUUUAUCAAAAACACGUCUUAUUCUUUUCUAUGUUCAGAAUCUCUAUGUUGCUUUGUAUUUUGUGCUAUAAUAUAAAAAAAUGAAUGGAAGGAACAACGCAUACCAAUGGAAACAUAAAUCAUAGUCUAAUAAUGGGUGACACAUUUCUCCAACUAACUUAGAAUUCAUGCAUUUAGGUUACAGUCAUUUUCUAGAAGGAAAAGUAUGUAAGUUCUGUCUCUCCUUAGCAUUGCAUCUUUUUCUGUACUUUACAAAUGGCUCUGUUUUAUUUUUUUAGGAAUGAAAAUGAAUAUAAAUAAAAGGUGCCAUAACUCAGUUUUUUCCAGAAAUUCUGUGUGUUAUGUGACCCUAAUGUAUAAUAUACCUUGGAGAUCGUUGUUUAUAAUUAUUACAAGAGAGGAAUGGACAUUGAUCACAGAAACAGAUUCAAGUCAGCAAGGUUCCCUGUGCUAUCAUGCAGCUGUAUGCUUGCUCUGAUUACAGUUGCACGUUGCUACAAUAAAAACAUCUUUAAAACAA